UCCGUUUGAACUUUGUCGCGAGCGGUUGCAAAGUACGGUUGGCUCUGGCGGUAUCCACUUCGUACACCAAACUCGGAUGAUUUUUGGAUGACUUUUGGAUUGCACCGACGUCGGCAGCAUCGACGGUGCUCUCGGUGUUUAGGAAAAGUAUCAACACCUUCCUCGAGACCAGGGAUUUUAGAAUGUGUCCAGCACACCCGGCGACUUCCGGUAGUGACGCCACAAACGGCUAGUGAGUGAGCUCUUUGAAGUCGCCUUUUUGAAAAGAACCGAUUUUGAAGCGGGUCAACAUCGGGUUAGAGGCGUUAGCAUCCGGCAAACAUAUCCUCUCCGUGAGCUAAAAUUGAUGAAAGGUGCCGUGCGGGAUUGUAAAGUUGAAAAGAACUGGAUGUUUCUUUUUGUGCGUUAAUGAUGUCUUUUGAGGAAAUUUCAAAGCCCCUGAUCGCGGCGCACUUGUAUUUACGGUUAAGUGCUACUCGCGAGGAUAGGAGAAAACAUCAUUCUGUUGUGACGUCAUUCGCCACCGGUGAAUUCUCGGUCUAAUGGAGAUGCGAUUGAGGAUAAAAUUGAUUGUAAAAAAGAAGUGAGUUUGCUAAUAAAAAUAAAACGGUGAUGGUUCUAGUGGAAUAGCUGAACGAUAACACAAAUCGCUACUUGAAUCGUCGAAUAAAAUGGUGUACAGGUUUUAAGCAUCGACUGGUGUGAUAACAGUGAAACAAAUUAAAAAUUUGAAGGAAAGAUCGAAUAGUUUUCAAAUUGAGGUGUUCUAUGGAAAAAAUGUGAAUUGUGUUAUAGUGACAAUUAUAAACGCAAUACUAACAGAAAAUUAGUGUUAUAACUCAUCCGACUUCAAUCCUGAAAGAUGUACGAACGCUUGGAAAACGUAUGAAAGAACAACAAAUUUUCCCAAGCGUGCGUUUUUGUUACAUCCCAUAAAUUACGCAAAGAGAGAUCAACUAGUGAUGGUUCUGACCAAUUACGGAUGAAUGACACCCAAAUAAGGCAAAAUGAAUAUACUGGACCGAGACCAAACGAACAACAUUUUCCCAACGGCAGAAGGAUAUAGUUUCCCAAGGAUAAAGCUACAGUAACAAGCACGUAAUAAAUUUUCCUCUAUUUCACAGUCCGCAACGCUGCGUAGUGAUAAUCCAAAGCGGAAAGCAAUUUUCCGUCUCAUGUGUUAUGUGUGCUCCACGCAAUCCGUCGCGAUUUUUCCGUCGUCCGGAACGGGUCGAUGGCAGCGAUCAACCGGUGGCAGUGAGCGAUUGCGUGACUCGGUAUAGCGAAAAAAAAUUUGCUAAUCAAGGCGGAACAAAUGCCGGUGGCGCUGAGGAUCGGACAUGGAAAUAAAGAUUAACUGACAAGCAAGAGUUCCUCAUCCAACCUGGUUCCGGGCAAUACUAAUUAGUUCCUGUUGUACCCGGAUACCGCAGGAAAACAAUACGGACGAUGUCUACCCUUAAAUUCAUCGAAUAUAUGAACACCAGCUCGCUGAAUAUGAUGGGCGUUUUCAAUGCUAGCUUGAAUUACCUUAACGCCAGCAAUAACGGAACGGUUGGAAUUAGUAAAGGAAACGGACUGUCCACAACCUUUGUACCAGUUUCCGGAGCAACGUUACAGCCGCUGAGUUAUCGCACCAACAGCAGCACCAGUAGCAGUGGUUUGGGGACCGACAGCGUGCUUAUAAACGCGUCGUCGCCUUCGAGUACGCUGUUUAACCUGAACGGAUCCGGUCCACUGGACUUCAACCUGGCUGGAAGCGCGGCCAGUAUAGGAGUGACGGAUAACUUGAGUUUACCAUUCAAUAACUACGUUCAAAAGGAGUUUAUCUUCGAUCGGACCGACGUUAGAGUGAUUUUUAUUACACUCUACUCGUUGGUGUUUUGUUGCUGUUUUUUUGGCAAUCUACUUGUUAUCCUCGUGGUGACGCUGUCACGGCGUUUGCGCUCCAUUACGAACUUUUUCCUGGCGAACCUGGCUGUGGCGGAUCUCUGCGUCGGAGUGUUUUGCGUGAUGCAAAAUCUCACCAUCUAUCUGAUCGAAAGCUGGGUGUUCGGUGACUUUCUGUGCAAAAUGUACCAGUUUGUGCACUCGCUGAGCUACACGGCAUCGAUAUUCAUUCUGGUGGUGAUAUGCAUGGAGCGAUACUUUGCCAUCAUUCAUCCUAUCACGUGCAAACAGAUACUGACAUCCAGGAGAUUACGGUUGGUCAUCGUUGCUGUGUGGAUCACGUCGGCCGUCUAUUCCGUGCCAAAGUUCAUCUUUGUCCGGACGAUUACCAAUAAUCUCGGCGAUGACCAGCUGGAGACAAUCUGUAUUGUCAAUAGGAAAGCGUUCAACUCGGAGCUCUUCGAUAUCAUUAAUUUUGCCUUACUAUAUCUUCUGCCGCUGCUACUCAUGAUGGUCCUGUACAGCCGAAUAGCGAUAGCACUGUGGAAGAGCUCGCGGGGGUUGGAGCGACAUAUUGCACUCCAGAACACCACCACAUCUAGCUAUUCGACCAAUUUCAACCGGAAACCCAGUAGCAAAUACGAGAAACGAAGCGUAGGAGUCACCGAGAGCCAGGUUUCGGUCGAAUCGGACAAAGUGGUUGUUACAACCUGGCGGGCACAAAACAGCUUCCAUCAGCGGCACCACGGAACCCAGCUGACGCAGAUGUCCCAUUCGUCCAAUAAUGUACUGAGGGCGAGACGUGGCGUCAUCCGCAUGUUAAUGGUUGUGGUUCUGACGUUUGCCCUCUGCAAUUUGCCCUUUCAUGCGCGCAAGAUGUGGCAGUACUGGUCAACCGACUACAAAGGAGACUCAAACUUCAACGCAUUGUUUACGCCGCUCACCUUUCUAGUGACAUAUUUCAACUCGGGCGUCAACCCAUUGCUGUACGCCUUCCUGAGCCGGAACUUCCGGAAAGGGAUGCGGGAGCUACUGUUGUGCUCGUUGAAAAAGAACAAAAACCACUCACUGAACCAGCGAAUCCCGAUGCACAACCAUUCCUUACCGACCGAUUCAACCCAUGUAGGAAUUCCCCAAUGAUGCUACGACCUGAUCGUGUGCCACCGGUGCUGCCCCGGCCGUUGGAACCCACUGGUUUGGUGGACGGCCUACCAAACGGGCCGGCAACGGGUCUUCCGCCAGCGCCGGCCUUCUCACCACUGCGCUCAACAGCAGCAGCACGGUCGACACCACCGGACCACCCACAACGGCCAGCACCAGCAACAACAACAGCAGCAACAGCAGCAGCAACAAGUCGAAAUGUCCGAAUCCGUCGACAUCCACGGGGGCGACGGGCUCAGCGAAGAUAACGAAGAUGAUGAUGAUGGCCGGCAACAAGUUCCGUCAACAUCAACAGCAACUACAACGGCACCAGCCUCGGAGCAACAACAACAACAACGACGACGAGGAGGAGGAGGAGGAGGACACAACCACCUACAACGACAUUGAGUACGUAUCAACCGCUACUGUAACGUUUGCUCUAUCGACGGUUUAUUACGUGGAUUAUGAACGCAAUACGUAACUGAAUUCCGACCGACGGUCGCCGAAAAUAUUGUACAUAUAGAAUUAUCGCGCAAAUAUGUUUCGUAUAUAGCAUGAAUCCUGCUGGAGGGGAGGAAGGUUUCCUCUAUGAAUGAGAAUAAACAUUCAACCAUCGAAUCGUUGAGUUUGUUGUUAGCGGAAGCCCGUUAAAUAGUAUUUUACGGGGCAAGAGUGAGUACAAUGAAAAUAUUUGCCUACACUACACGCUAGUAUUUUGUUACUGGUCCGAAUGGGAAGGGAACAGCGCGAAGGAGGCAGUAUUAAGGACGAACCACCACGGUGAGGGGAUUGAACGUUUUCUCUUGUAGAAUUUCGGGUACGAUACUUUAGUCGUAGGCAUAUCAUGAACAAACCGAUGGCUUCCUUCCGAGCUCAAGUCAAUUGAAGCUACAGACAAAGAAAAAUUACUUUUGUGGUCUAUACAUAUUAUUCUCGAUUGCAUUCUGAAAUCAGUUUUGAUCUACCAAACUUACAGGGUUGUAUACAUUUCAAUAAAUUUCGUUUAUUAAAAAACCUCAAAUCUAAAAAUGUUACCUUUGCUGGUCGUAUGCCAUUUUCCUCUGUUUUUUAGUACUACAGAUACGACUCGUGCUUCAUGCGUCUACCCCUUUUGUUUCAACUUACCAUUAAGUAUUAAUCUCAAGCUCAAUCUCCCGAAAACACCAAAUAUCCUUUACUAAUUCUCCUUCAUGGAUCAAGAUUUGUUGUCAACAGCACCCUGAGGUAGCCUUAAACGCGAAUUUAGUGCAGACAUGCAGACUGCGAAAUAUUCGCUGGCUACGUAGUUUAUGUAGAAACUAAACGUGCUAUCUGAAAUGAAAAGAUAUUUUGCAGCCAACACUGCUGUAGAAAAAUAAGCAGCUGGUUUUUUAUAAAGGAGCAUAUGAUAGAAUUAGUCACAUCUCGCUGGGUCUAACUGAAUCGUACGCUACCUUAAAUCCCUGAUACAAGUUGCGAUAGCGUUUAAUGCUUUACCUCGAUAAUCACUACACUUAAAUUGCCUUGUUUGAGGAAGACCAUCCCAUAUUUAAGGAUUGCGACCAAGAAUAGAAAAAAAAAUGUAUACGUCAGUUUUGUUUGUCCUAUUUAGUUGGACUUCAUAGUUGUGUCACAAGUUCUAAGUUCCACUUAUUCAAGGGAUGUUUGGUUGUUUGCACAUUAUUUACCAACAAGCCGUUAAUAUAGGUAUCUUUGAAAAAAAAAAAAAAACAGAACAAACUGGUAUAUAUGGUGCAUGAGAACGCAGUUCAAAAUAAUUUUUUUAAUUUAGACUUGUGCAUUAAUGCACGUAUGAACUAAUAAAAGGACACUUUUUAUUUUCGUUAAAUGUGAUCGGAUAGCAAUGACUUCUCGUCUUUCAGAGAUAGUUCUUCCGUUUAGUCAUAUGCUCCAAUGAAAAUUUUGACCCAAAUUCGGAGUUAAUCUACGAUAAACAACAUAUUUCUGGUAAGGUCGCCUCAUUAGGUUGUUCACUGUAAGGUUUAUCUUCACUGCACUUACGGCUUCGUCGCAAAUUAGUGAAUCGACUUUUUCAUUACCUUCUACUUUACAGUGUCCUGGAGCUCAGUUUACGUAUAUAGAUCAGGUUCUUUUAUGUCAACUGUCGGAGUGGAACAAUUUCUCAAUAUACGCUAGCUUGAAGUUACAAAUCAGUGCUUAGUGCUUUAAGCGCUGUCUGGGGUCCAGUUUGUGUUCCAGUUUAAUAUCUGAUUCAAUUAUGUUCUCAGAAACUUAGCUUCAGUGGACGUUCUAAAUUUAUUACCUUCAGGCCGUAAUAUUUUUAUUGUGUCUUUCCUUUUAUGCGUGAGGUUGACAGUAAUAGUUUUUGUGGAAUUUCUUUUCCGCACAAUUUUAGGGCUAAAUUCAUGGUAGAUUAAAUUCGGUUUAUUUAAUAUAACGCAAUCAAAUUUACCUCUGAUGUAAGAAACAUUGGUGAGGGAAUAUUUUAGUUGAUUUUUUUGUUUGGCACAUAGAAUUUAUCAUAAUGUGUCCAAUCCCGUGCUUACUUAUAACUUUUUACAUUGAAUGGUGAGAAGCAUUAUUAAUACCUCAAAACUUUCAAAACUGCUCUCGGUUUUUUUUUAUGUUAGUAUGCAAAAUCAAGAGUUCGUCGUUUUAGGGCUAUCCACUAAUCUAGCCAUUUUUCGAUGUCAUCAUAUGAGUAGAACUUCCAUCGAACGGAACAAGUAACAAUUGGAUGGUGCAAUAUCUGGCAAAUAUGGUGGUUGAAGUAGGACUCGCCAUUUGAGUGUUUUUAAGUAAGUUUUAACGACUUUGGUAGUAUGAGGCCGAGAGUUGUCAUGCAGUAGUAUCACUUUUUCGUGCUUCUGCACGUACUUGCUCACCUAUUUUCCUGGUGAAACAUCUCCCAGGAUUCCACCUGAGUCACAAUGCCCGGCCAACAAACUCGGUUCAUGGCAGCUUGUCUUCACUUUUUUCAACUACCUAGCUCGUCGUGCGCCUCAUUAUCUUGUACAGACCGGAUUCGAGACGAACAACAUUUUUGCUGGAUUGUUGUCCAGUAUUCUCACAAAAUGUCCCGCCCAUCCCAGCUCUAGCGACUCUCUGGAUACUGAGCUCGCCGUAGAGUAGCGCCUGCUCGUGGCUCAUUUUUUGCCUCCAUACGCCAUCCUCCGGAGUAUGCUCCGCCGAAGAUGGUCCUAAACACAGGUCGCUCGAAAACGGCUAGUGCUUGCAAGUCUUUCUCGAGUUUCGUACCCGUAAAGGACUACCGUUCUUGCAAGCGUCUUGUACAUGGUGCACUUGGUAUGACAGUGAAGUUUACCAAACCUCAAGGUCUUGAGCAGUCCGUAGUAGGCACGAAUUCCAGCUACGGUACGUCUACGGAUUUCCCUGUUGCAGUUGUUGUCUGACGUUACCAAUGAUCUGAGGUACACAAAUUUGUCAACCAUCUCAAACUCAUCUCCGUCGAUUACCACGCUACUGCCUAUCGGUUCCUCCUGCUAGCAGAUACAUGGUCUUCGACGUACAGUCGAAUCGCUCUAUCGCAAGGUACCGUCGUUAUAGAGAAAUGUCGCAGUAAAACGAAUCAGUUUUAUAAAUAUGAAGCAGAAGGGACCAUUGAGAAUGUCACUAUAGAGAGAUUUGUCGCUAUAUAAAUUGUCGUAAUAGAGAGAUUCGACUGUAUUCACCUUCAAUCCAACCUUUUCUGCUGCACGUUUAAGCUGUUCAGUAACUGUUCAGCAACCACCUGGAACGACCUUCCGCCAAAGUCCACGUCGUUAGCGAAGCAGAAGAACAGGCUGGAAUUAUCGUGCCACGCAUGUUGAACGCCGCACGUUUCAUAACACCUUCAGACGUAAUGUUGAACAGGAGGUAGGAAAGACCAUCGUCUUGUCGAAGUCUUUUGCGUGUUUCAAACAGGCUUGAUAACGCACUUGGAAUGUUCUCACAGAACUGUACACCAUUCACCUUGACCUUGAUCGGUCUUGUUAGUUUCGCAGGGAAACCGUUUUCGUUCAUGAUUUUCCAUAGCCCUACACUACAUGGUCGCUAGUGUCGUACACGGCCUAAAAAUUGAUAUAAAAUGUGAUGCGUGGGACUUGAUAUUCGCGAAAUUUUUGGAGGAUGUGCCGCAGCGUGAAGAUUUGGUCCGUUGUCGACCGCUUAUCCACGAAACCGGCUUGAUACUUUUCCAAAACCUUCUUGCUAGCGGUUCAAAAUGAUCUGGAAGAGCACUUUGUGGGCUGUGCUGCGAAUAGUGAUCGCUCGGUAGCUCUCACAUUACAACUUGUAGCCUUUCUUGUAUAUUGUGCGUAUUAAUCCCUCCUAUACUCCUCCGGUAGCUGUUUUGUAUCCCAGAUCCUGACUAUCAACUUGUGUAGACAGGAAGCCAACCUACCCGGGCCAAGCGUGAUAAACUCCGCAGCAAUACCAUCUUUUCCAGCUGAUUUGUUGUUCCUAAGUUGCUCGAUAUCAUUUUAAGUUUACCUAUCGUGAGGAAGGCAUAGCUCCCUCAUCCGCUAUACUGACGAAAUUGUCCCUUCUGCGUCAUUGUAGUGCUGCUUCCACCUAUCACGCUCAACAAUCAAGAUUCCUCCGUCCUAAUUCAAAAACAUUUUGGUCUCGCGACACAAAACCUGCGCGGGAUGCGUUCAGUUCGUUAUAAAAUUUACGUGUUUCUAGAGAACGAUACAGCUGCUCCGUUUCCUCACACUCCAGCUCUUCCAGGUUGUCCCGGAAAAGAUAGGUCCGCCGUCUUCGUUUCUGUUCGACAAGUCCGACGAACCCAAUAGUUCCGUUGCGCUGGUGAUGCUCGCAUUUAUAUUACUCAAGCAGUCUCCUAGAGGGGCUUCGAUGAGCUCCUCCUCGUCCGGCAACGCUACCUUAAGGCUUGGUAUGUACUCAGUGACGACUUUGAGAAGUAUAACCUGUUGGCAACCGAUAGUCUUUGGACAUUUGAACCAUCAGCAGAUAGUGGUCAAAGUCAAAACUUGCACCACGAUAGGUUCAGACGUCCAUAUUAUCCAGUAAGUGCCUUCCGUCAAUCAAAACGUGAUCGAUUUGGGAUUCGGUCUUUUGUGGUGAUCUCCAGGUUUACCGAUAUACGAGGGUAUGAUGGAAGUACGUAUGACCAUGCGAAGUCAGUGAAUCGGAGGCCGUUUUUGUUCGUAAGCCGGUGUGCGUCGAACUUUCCAAUAACCGUUCUAAAUUCCACCUCCUGUCCGGCCAGAGCGUUGAAAUCUCCGAUGACAAUUCUGACGUCAUGUUUUGUGUAGUUAUCGUAUGCACGCUCCAACUGCGCGUAAAAGUCGUCUUUUUCGUCAUCGUUACUUCAUUAGUGAGGGCUGUGCUCGUUAAUGAUGCUAACGUUGAAGAAACUACCUCUAAUCCUCAGCUUGCGCAUUCUGCUUGUCCCUCACAAUGAGAGCUGUGCCCUGCUCGUAUGUGUUCCCGCAUACGAAUGUACCGAUACUCUCUUCUUGCAUACCUCCUGCAGUGCUACAAUGUCGAACUUGCAGAUCCUCAAAAAGUCGAAGAGAAUGCGAGUACUUUCCAAAAAGCUAAGGGACUUUCACUUCGAUGAUCAGAGUUACCAAUCGCUAAUCCGUUUUCGUUGCCUGGCUCUAUGCCGAUUGUUCCGGUCCGUACUUACAUUGUCUGCUUCCUGAACUAAUGAUAUUUACGGAUGGAUUGUUAGACCUACACCAACCCCCUGUCUCGCCGCAGGACCAUCGUAACAGCAUUCUUCAGAAUUUUUUUUUCCUCUGUGUGGACUCAUCACUGCGACCAGAGACAUUUUGAUCUAUUGUGAUAUUUCCCAGGUGUUUUCUGUACUCCUCACUUCAUAUUAUUGGCAGUAUCUCUAUUGAAGUGAAUGAUACGCUUUUUUAUUUAUAUCCGUGCUUGUGUGUGAGAGUUUACCCCUUCGUUUCAAGCUUACUGCUCUACUAGCCCGAGCCUCUUUUCUAUCCUACCAAUAUCGCCAAAUUACAAUUCCCUAAACUGAGGCUACACCUUACGUUCCUCUCUGGUCAGGUUUAUUCUAGGAGGGACUUAUUAUGUCAAGAGGAAGGAGUCUUAUCGAAAUUUCUUUCCUCGUGCCAAUAUCGCCAUUUACUUUUAUUUAUUUUGUAGAGGGUAAAUAUUUUUGAAAUCAGUUUUAUUAUAAGAAGGAUAUUUUGUCAAGAGGAAGGAGUCUUAUCGAACCUCGUUCCUCCUACCAACACCGCGUCACAAUCACAAUUCCCUGAAGAGGCACUCAAUGCUUCACCUCUGGUCAGGUUUAUUAUAAGUAGGACUUAUAUUUUUUCAAGAGAAAGGAGUCUUAUCGAAACCUCAUUCUGCCAGCCAAGACCGCGUCAUAAUUACAAUUCCCUGAAGAGAACUAUUAUAUGUUACUCAGAACAGAUUUAUUAUAAGAGAGACUAUUUUGUUAGGAUGAAAGUCAGCAAGGGUACUAUAGAAUUCAGCUUGAAAGAAAGGUAUGUAGUGGAGAGCCUGAGAAUGAACCCAUGUUUAAGUCCUUUGACAAUCAAAUGGCCUGAUUCUACUAGGAUUCGAACCCACGACCACUCGCUUAUCAAAGCGGACUCUGUAGUCUUGCGGCUACGAAGCUCCCCACUCUUCAGAGUUGCACACCGGCACUAGGACGUUGAUAAGCUGCCGAAAUCUAGUUAAUGCACCAAUGAUAGCGUCGCACCCUCUCACUUAGCUGCUGCCGGGCUGACAACAUUUUCCUGCUGCCCCAUUCAGCUUUGUCCAGCUGGUAGUAUAUUGAUAUCAUAUGACUCGUUGAGGCUUGCGAUAGGAACUUGUGAGGACCGGAGCUAACUGUGACGCUUCUUCUCACCAUUUGAAGCCAGCUUAUCUCAAAUUCCCAAAUUAUUCCCCAUUCUUUUGGAGGAAAGCUGUUCCUGCGCCUGGCAUAGAUCCUCAUCGGGCACUAACUCCAUAUCAGCGUUUUCGAAGGUUUUUGGUCUUCCGGACGCGGACAAUCAUCAACAUCAAAAUUACUGUCGUUAAAACGACGAAACCAAUCACGACACGUUGUUUCACUUAAAGCAGUUUUUUCCUACCUUACCUUACCAAUCAGACGAGAGCCGUGGUGGCUCGUGCUGCAUUUGUCGCCAUUUUGCUCGGUUUUGGGCUGUGUUCCGCCAGUUCCACAGGCGUCUCAUCACGCGCAAGCCUCCUUCGAUCAGGUCGAGCCAUCGUGCACGCAGCGCCUCUCUAUUUCUGGUGCAGGCAGGGUUGUUGAAGAGAAGUGAUUUUACAGGGUUUUUGUCCAGCAUCCUUACAACGUGACCGGCCCACCGUAACCUAUUGACUGUCGCCAGGUAUGCAAUGGGGUUCUAAUCAAGCAGCAUGUGCAGCUCAUGGUUCAUGCGCCGUCGUCCGUCGUCCGUCGUCCGUCGUCCGUCGUCCGUCGUCCGUCGUCCGUCGUCCGUCUGUACUCCAUCGUAACUAGUCCGCAGCACCUUCCGUUCGAAAAGUCCAAGAGCGUUGAGGUCCUCUGCGAGAAGCUUUGUUGUCUCGAUUUCGUACAGGACUAUCGGUCUUAUCAGGGUUUUGUACAGCGUCAACUUCGUGCGUCGUCGCACUCGACUCGAUCGAAGUGUCUUCCAAAGUGAAAAGUAGACACGAUUUCCGGCCUGGAUGCGUCACUGCAUCUCUUUGCUGGUGUUAUUGUCGGCGGUCACCGGUGACCCCAAAUACACGAACUCGUCGAUCACCUCAAGCUCGAGCUCAAGCCCAUUGCCGUCAACAGAGACUUGAGUUGGGAAGCUGAUGUUGUUCUCCUUGGAGCCGCUCGCUCGCAUGUAUUUUGUUUUCGACGCAUUCAUUCGCAGUCCGAUUCACCGACUUCGGCUUUCAGUCGGACUUAAGUUUCCUCCGCCUUCGCAAAGUUACCUGUUAUGAUGUCAAAGUCAUCAGCGAAGCCCAAAACUGAACAGACCUUGUGAAAAUCGUGCUUUUCGUGUUGAUGCCCUCCCGCCAAAUCACACCCUCAAGGGCGAUGUUAAAAAGCAAGCAGGAAAGUCCAUCACCAUCCAUCUGCGAGAUUGGUUUACCUUCUCAUAGAACUUCCGCGUAUCACUGGCACGGUACAGCUGCUCCAGCUCCUCAUGUUUACGAUCUUCUUGCUGACGCUUCUUUCGACUGAGAAUCGUGGUCAUGUCGUUCCGUGCUCGUUUGUACUUUGCCUUGUUCUCUCUCGUUGACCUGCCCACUUCCGGUUCUUCUCGUUCUCCGCUACCAGUCAUACCAGUCGUUUCUCUACUCGGUUCUAGUGUCGCCAAUCCGGUCUCCCCGAUAGCUGUACGAAUGCUGCAACAGCCGUCCUCGAGAGGCGAUGCACUAAACCCCUCCCCCGUGGGUAGUACCGCUUUUAGCUGUUGCAUGUAUUCUUUCGCAGUCUGGGGGUCUCGGAGCUGCUUGAUGUUGAGCCGCGGGGUUCGACGAUAUCGCCGUGGUUUACGGUCGACAGUUUUGAGCGCACAAAGAUACCAUAACUAGGUAGUGGUCCGAGUCAAUAUCCGCACCGCGAUUGGUGCGUACGUUUGUAAUGUCUAAGAAGAACCGGCCGAUGAGAACAUGGUCAAUUUGGUGUACUGUACGUUGGUCAAGGGAGCAGUUUAUCCGUUAACAUUUUUUAACUCUCGAUGCGCUGCAGCCAGUCAACAUUUACUGGAAAGAACCGCAAAGAACUCUAUGUGUUCCCACAAGAGUCACGUGAGAUGAGAAAUGAUCGUAAGAAAGAAAGACCCUGAGAUACAUUUGAUAGUAGUUACAAGUUGGCAAUUACCUACUGCCUUGAUUUUAAGAAUUGCAAAGAGCAGCGGCUAGUGUGAUUUCUCGACUCAUUCAUUAAAUUUUUAUUUUACCAGCUAAAUGAUUAACAUAAAAAUUCCACUAUUUAUCUAUAAGGUUACUGAUUACCCGAUUUUACUCGAAAAUCAAUAUCAGCACUUGAUCUUAUGGCCGCUUAUGAAAACCCAUAAUCUUUUCUACUUCUUUUCAUCACAAUCCUAGCCUCCACCAGUUAAGUCACGUUAUACUCCUAUUCACUUGAAAUUAAAUUAAUUUUUGAGAUUGUGUUGGAUUCUUCGAUUCUGGGCAUACUCCCAGGUUCUAAAUUUAUCAAUACUGGGUAGUUUCAAAGCAUUUUCCCCAAUUUUAACGAGCUGGGAGCUGCAUUGCCGCAAGGUUACAGAGUCCGCUUCAUCAAGUGGAUGGUCGUUCAAUGUUAAAAAGAACUUAAGCAUGGGUUAAUUCUCAGGCUCCCCCACAACUUAUCCUUCCUUUACGCUAAAUUCUAUAAUCCCAUGGUGUGACUUUCUCUGAAAAAAAUAUUAAUCCCUCUUAUAACAGAACUGACCAGAAGGACGCCCAACGAAACUCAUCCAGGGAAUUAAAAUUGGCGAUAUUUGGCAUGAGAAACAAGGCUCGGUAUAGUAGAGCAGUAAACGGAAGGGUAAACCACACAAGCACGGAUAAAUUAUAAGCAUGCGACUGCUCAAUAGCGGUAUUGAAAUAGAAAUGCAGAAUACAGCAGAUAUCCGACCAUAUCUCACAAAAAAUCGAUGAUUCUGGUCACAGUGAGCAGCUUCAUAUAGGGAAAAAAGGCUCUUUUUAAAACGAAAAUCGCCAUCUUGUGUUAAAACUGGUGCUGGGCACAGGGUUGCCAUUCGGUUUCCAAUAAAAUCUGGAAAAUUUAAAUAAAAAGUCUGGGAAGUAACUGUUAGUCAUUUUGUGUGACAAAAAGCCAUUUUUCUGGAAUAAAUUUGUGAAGUAUGCAACAUUCGAAGUGACCAAAUUGCAAACUUUUGUGUAAAAUUCGAAGUGAUGGCCUUUUUUCGUGACAAAGCAAAUUAAAUCUAACGAAAUAUAAUUUAACUGUCUGGAUACAUGCUAGAAAAUCUGAAUAAUCCAGACAUAUCUGAAUAUCUGGCAACACUAGUUAGGCAUCGACAUUUCUCGCGUAACUAGUCAAAAAAACCUAAGUAACAAUGAGAGAUACUGUUUCGUUAAUUACAGCGUCAUUAUGAAAGUUUUAAACGGUUUCUUGUCAAAAAUCGAAAAAUUAUAACGUAACCUUGCUUACUAUGCACAAAGCAUAAGGAAAAAUGUAAAAAUUCGAAUGAUAUGUAAAAAUUAAAGAGAAAAUAAACAAAGAGAGUCUUUCAAUGUUACUUAGGUCCUUUUGCAAAGUAAUCCUAGAUCACAGACUAACAGACGUAACACUGGAACCUAGCUCCAUCGCCACAAAAAACGUUCAUUUCAAAUUUUCAAUCGAAUAACUGUCAUCGCGCAAAAACGUAGUCUGGGGCGCUGUCAUGCAAUCUCAUACAUAUUUUAUAGUUCUCCAUUUGACACAUGCAAUAACGCUGGCGUUGAUGUCGAAAUACAUGACGCAGCGCGAACACGGCAGCUGAUGGUGCUAGUAUAACUAACGUAAAGUACUGGAAGUCGCCAUUUUGAAUUUUACCGUGCGUCGAUUUUCAGAUUCGAAUCAUCAUCCUGGUUCAAUUAAGACAUCUUUUCCUAUCGUGGGUUGCCUACCCUUGGCGAUAUAUUUAUGAUCUCAUAAUUUGUACAAAAAACACAUAAAAUCAUUCUGUCUUCAGCCAAUUACUAUUCAGAUUCCCUUUCCUUUUUUAGGAUCCUAUUGAUUUCUGAUUGGAGUUAGGUUGAAUGUAAACUUCAAAAUACAAAUAUUGUGACCCAAACCAUUUCUUUUGAAAACAACACUGAAUAUUUUGUUUAUUUAUCGUUGUUCAACAUGCAUCAACAACAACACAAAUACAUAUAAUUUCAUAACAAUCGUAACAACGAGCAACAACGAGUGAAUGAAUAAUAUAAAUUUGAUUCACAACAAAUCGAGUCAAAGUAUAUUGAAAAAAAUCAAUACUUCACAUAAAGCAGCUCAUGUUAUUAGAAGCACUCAUCCCUGAACAGUAACCAAAAGUAAACGAUUACCAAAACCACUGAAGCCGCUCCAAAAUACACUAAAUUAGCAGUCACGCAAAAAAAUAAUCGUAAAGUUCAUUCUUUUUUUGGGUCAUGCUUUAAAAUAUUACGCGAAAGUUCUGCUAGUGCCUGGUUGCGGUUUCCAUAUUUCUCCUCUCAAUGGCAUACCAUGGCAUGCAUGGCUACAAGAAUGGGGCGGAUCAGGGCGGGUAUCCAAUAUUUUUGCGAACCAACUCUGCUUCAGGGUUUCAGUAAAGUUGAUUAUAGCUAAAGCGGUACUUUCGAAAGUAACACCAUCGAUCAUCCCAGCUGCUUGCCUAAACCGCUUGUUGUAUAGCCGCACAUAUGCUGUUUUUCUGCUGUUCAAUUUUCCACUUUUCGUCAAUCUUAUUACUACACUAUAAGGUGCAACUUUUUGAUACAAUUAUAACUUGACAAUGAAAAUGAGUAAUCCUUGAUGCAAAAAAAAAAAAUCAUGAGCGACUGGAGCGACGGUUCAAUAUUAUAUAACAAUUGUUGGUACUUAUUAAAAAUUGAUGAAUUUUUUAUUUCCCGUCAAUCCAAACUAAUUUAUUCCUAUUUAGUUGUCCAGCAUAUUCCAAUUAGCGUUCGGCUUCGCGAGAAACCUGUUAUGAAAGACCUGACUGUCAAUUAAAAGGUUCGAGCUGUUGUAAGCUUCAAACGACUAACGAAAUGUUCAAGCGCCAGAUAUCCUUAAUACUGCCUCCCUAGUAUACCCUGCCUCCCCCGUGUUGAAAAAGAAAAACAAAAAACAAUCCUGUGUAAUUAUAAGACGAAAGAGGUAGGAUAACGACAAUAUAAAUCGCUCGGCGCUACCCAUCACUGUCUGGUGUUGAUAACUAAUGGGGCAGAAAAGGGCGUUUAUCGCCUAUUGACUGUGACACACUCGGCUAGGAUGAGGAGCCCAAUAAGUUAUGGGGUCGUUAUACUAAACACUCACACCAACAACAAAUCGCAGCGCUUUGGAAACCGUACUGUGAUACGAAAUCAUGAUAAGAAAAUCAAUUUUUAAUAGUGAACAGCUGUCAGAUGUGAGAAGUGUAUGAGAUGUCGUUUGUUUAUUAUUACCCUGUUGAACAGUUGAGAUGUCACAGAUUUUAAUGCAGAGCUAGAGAAUUAUUUUUGAAUCCUAAACAGCAGUUGCUCAGAGCGAAAGAAAAUGUGACGCAAAUUUCUCGAUGGACAUCCCAAGGUGCGAUGUACUUACCGCAGGAGUUGAGACGAUAGGGACGUUAUUAUUUAUGUUUGAAGGUGCCAAAAUGUAGCAGCAGCAUAUAGAUGUUCAUGGGAACCCAAGCGUUGUAAAUUGAAUCAUUGUCGAGUGCUCUAUGUGUAAAUCCGAUUAUAAGUAAUCAAUUUAUCUACCCAAAGAUUAAAACGAGGUAUAAAUUUCCAAUCAAUUUUUAUGUAUUUGUAAAAAGGUUUAUUUGUUGCAUGACCAAUAAUAGAAAUUUUACUCACA